AUGCACACACCAAAGCGGCAGCGGACGACGGCGCCACAUCACUCGCCGAUUCACCACGCCACGCCGUUUCGCUCGCCGUCGCCGCCGGACCAAGCGUCAGCCUUGUCAAGCUCACUUAAUCCAGCAAACACUUCAAACUCUUCAAACGCACCAACGAUAUCAAAGCACGCCGGCCGCCGUUCUCCCCACAACUACCCUCCAUCUCCACUCAAAUACUCGACAGUCCCCGAGGGCCUGUUUUCCAGCUCCGUCAAGACCUUCCCAUCCCACCAUUUGAACCGAUCGUGGAAGAGCCGUGUCCGCUACUUUCUGUUCCAAGACACGAACGCCAGAGACGAACCUCCCUCGACAGAACACGCUGCUGCUUCCUCCUCCCGCCCUCCGAAGCGGCCCGUGGCCCCCAUGCUCAACUACGUCCAGAUCCUGACCACGCCGACGGCCGACACCCCCGGCACCUGUCUGCUCGUCCACCAUGACAACCGCCGCUAUCUCUUUGGCAACGUCGCCGAAGGCACGCAGCGUGCCUUUGUGCAGCAAAAGGUGUCGCUGAGCCGCGCCGACGAGGUGUUUUUGACGGGGCCCAUAGGCUGGCACACGGCCGGCGGGCUGCUGGGCAUGGUGCUGACGGUGGCAGACGUGGUGCAAGCCGCCGCCGCGGCGGCCGUCGAUGAGGCCAAAGCAAAGCUCGCCAAGGCGCAGAAGCUGCGGGACGCCGCCGCGAAGACCAAAAGCAAGGACGGGAAAGACAACAAGAACGGCGCCAAGGCCGAGGAAGCAUACAAAGCCGCCGUGGCGGGGCUGGCGGCCGCCCAGGCGGCCCCGCCGCGCUCGCUGAGCAUCCACGGCGGCAUCAACCUGACACACGUCAUCGCGACGGCGCGGCGGUUCAUUUUCCGAAAGGGCAUGCCGAUCAGGCCGCACGAGGUGCGUCACGACACCAGUUUGGCGGGCAGUGCAUCCGCGUCGUCGUCGGACACAGUCCGCGAACCGGACUGGUCGGACGACAACAUCAUGGUGUGGUACGUGCCCGUGUUUGCGGAUGGCGCCGACAGCAACGGCCGCGACUCUCGAAAACGCGCCCUCGAGACAAGCGACGACGACACAGCAAACGAGUCCCCCACGGCGUCGUCCGAUCGCGACGCGGCCGACCGCGAACUCGUCGAUUCCGUCGUCCACCACAUGUUCGACUCCAACUGGACCCUCGACGCCCUCGUCGAGACCACCCUCCACGCCGCCAAGCUGCCGGCCAAGCUCUUCGUCAAGGACGAGCAGGGCCACCUCAAGGAGUACGACGGUCCGCUGCCCACGGGACCAGGCGGUGCCCACGUCCCCGACAUCCCUGUGCUCGUGCGCCAGCCGUGGCCCGGCGCCCUCAUCGAGUCCCUUCCUCACACCGCCCCCGCGCGCCAGUCCAUGUGCUACAUUGUGCGCAACCACCCGCGCCGCGGCAAGUUUGACGCCGCUGCCGCCGCCAAGCUGGGCGUCGCCAAGCAGGACAACCGCCACCUCGUCGCCGGCCACAGCGUCACCGCCGCCGACGGCCGCACCGUCACGCCCGACAUGGUCAUUGCCGCCGACGUCGAGGGCGCCGCGUUCGCCGUCGUCGAGCUGCCGGAUGUGUCGUACAUUGACGCCUUCCUGGCCAAGCCCGAGUGGGCCCACCCCCAGGUGAUGCGCGCCAUUGACACCAUCUUUUGGCUGCUGGGUCCUGGCGUCCUGGCCGACGCGCGCAUCCAGGCGUUUAUGCAGCAGCACCACAAGAUCCGCCACACCGUCGCGUCCACGGACACGUGCGCCAACCGGCUGGCCUUGUCGUCGGCCGCCGCCCUGCAGGCCAAGCACCACCGCGUCGACCCGGACCGCUUCCCCAUCCAGCAGUACGACAACGUGGAGCCCACACCCGCCGUGCCGGCUGCAUCCACGGGCCAAUCACUGUUUGUGCCCGCCCGCCCGGGCUGGUCGGUCCGUCUGGCGCCCCAGGUUCUCGAGGAAGACCACAAGAUAUACCCGUACGUCGAUUUUGCCGAGGCGCUGGCCGAGAUGGACCCGCAGGUGCUCGCGCUCGCCGAUACCGCCCGCGCCCACGUCGCCACCCCUGGCUUCCAAAGCGCCGUGGACGCCGGCAACGCCGGCCUGCCGCACCCGGACACUGAAGUCAUUCCGCUGGGCACGGGCUCGGCCAUGCCCUCCAAGUACCGCAACGUCUCGGCGACGCUCGUGCGCGUGCCCGGUGUCGGCAGCUACCUGUUUGACUGCGGCGAGAACACGCUGGGGUCGAUGCGCCGUCUCUUUGGCGCGGCCAAGCUGCGCGAGGUGCUGCGGGAUCUCAAGGUGCUGUGGAUCAGCCACCUGCACGCGGACCACCACCUGGGCACGGUCAGCGUCUUGAAGGCGUGGCGCGACGCCACCGCCGCGACGGCGAGCGCCAGCGAGGACACAGAAAGCAACAAAGGAAAGACGCGCCGGCUCAUGGUCGCGUCCCACGUCAACAUGCUGCAGUGGCUGCGCGAGUACGCCGACGUCGAGGACAUUGGGCUCGACCGCAUCUGGCAGGUGGCGCUCGAGAACCACGCCCGCGACGGCCCGCGGUCCAACGUCUGUGUGCCCAAGACGUUUUCGCCCGCGCUCCAGGCCGAGUUUGGCCUCGAGCGCAUCGACGCGUGCCGCGUGCAGCACUGCCACGGCGCCCUGGCGUGCGUGUUUACAUGGCCCGCCGCCACUGCAACAGCAAGCGCGACCACGACCGGCGGCGACCGCCUCAAAGUCGCCUACUCGGGCGACUGCCGGCCCUCGACCGACUUUGCCGAGAUCGGCCAGCAGGCGACGCUCCUCCUCCACGAGAGCACCUUUGACGACGAGCUCGUCGCCGAGGCCCGCGCCAAGAAGCACAGCACCAUGGGCGAGGCCCUGGAGGUGGGCCGCGCCAUGGGCGCGCGCCGCGUGCUGCUGACGCACUUUUCGCAGCGCUACCCCAAGAUCCCCGUCUUCGCGUCGGGCGAGAACGGCGAGAACGGCGGCGACGACAACAACAAAAACAACAGCGCGGCCGAGAUGCAGGUGCUCGUGGCAUUUGACCAGAUGCAAGUGCGCCUGCGCGACUUCAAGCCGGCCGCCGCGUACCUGCCGGCGCUGCAGAAGCUGUACGAAGGCGAGGAGAUGCAGGGAAAAAAAGACAAGGAGUAG